CAACAAUUCACUCUCUAUCACUGAAAUCACCAUUACAAGUAGCAAGUGAGGGCUCGCCGUCCGUCGUAGGUUUUGGCAGUUACAUACUUCCUUGUUUCUUUCUUGCUUCAAACAGAAACCGUUUUUUUGUUCUUGACUAAGCUAAAAACACUCACACCUCUCUGUCUAGGAAUCCCAAAUCUAACGCCAUCUUUUUCUCAAGAUUCUUGACUCCAAACCUGGAAUCUCCCCCUCCUGUUAUUUUUCUGUUCGGUUCCUCUGAAAGUUAAGAGGAUUGCUUUAAUAUACGUUCUCCGUUUCGUUUGGACUUUCGCUUCCAAGCCUCUCUCUCUUUUAAGAUCUACCACAAUUCGGAGGAUAAUGGAUCACUUACACAACAACGAUCUCGAGUACAUAGUUAACGAUCCUUUUGAAGACGAUUUUUUCAGCGAAGAUGAACCUCAAAGAAACGACGAUUCUGAUGAUGCUAUGAAUUCUGAUUUUGAAGAUGACUUUGAGUCGAGUAAGCCGAAGACUGAUACGUCUGCUUUAGAGGCAAGAAAUGGCAAAGAUAUACAGGGAAUCCCCUGGGAGAGGCUUAAUUUCACUAGAGAUAAGUAUCGUGAGACGCGUUUAAAGCAGUAUAAGAAUUACGAGAACCUCUCUCGCCCUCGCUUCGAGCUUCACAAGGAAUGCUUGGAAGUUGAGAAGGGAAAGGCUUUCUAUGACUUUGAGUUCAACACAAGGCUUGUCAAAUCCACAAUUGUUCAUUUUCAGCUGAGGAAUCUGCUGUGGGCAACAUCAAAGCAUGAUGUUUAUCUCAUGCAAAAUUACUCAGUUAUGCAUUGGUCAUCACUACUGCGGCGAGGCAAAGAAGUACUCAAUGUGGCCAAGCCAGUUGCUCCAACCCAGCAACGCCCAGGAUUGUUGUCUCAGUCACUCUCCAGAGUGCAGAUAAGCACCAUGGCUGUCAAAGAGAACUUAAUGGUGGCAGGUGGUUUCCAGGGAGAACUUAUUUGCAAGUGUUUGGAUCAACCUGGAGUUGCAUUCUGCUCAAAGAUAACAACAGGUGAAAAUGCCAUAACCAAUGCAGUGGAUGUAUACUGUAACCACAAUGGCUCAAUGAGGAUUAUGGCCGCGAACAACGAUGCGCAAGUUAGAGUAUUUGAUGCCGAAACUUUUGCUUCCCUAAAUUGUUUCUCCUUCGAUUGGUCUGUAAAUAACACCUCUGUUAGCCCAGAUGGUAAGCUGCUUGCAGUGCUUGGGGACAGUGCUGAAUGCUUGAUUGCUGAUGCUAAUUCUGGGAAAGUGACUGGAAGCCUCAAAGGGCAUUUGGAUUAUUCCUUUUCAUCAGCCUGGCACCCUGACGGGCUAAUUUUGGCCACUGGAAACCAAGACACUACAUGCAGGCUGUGGGAUAUAAGGAAUCUGUCCCAGUCCUUCGCAGUAUUAAAAGGGAAUAUGGGAGCAAUAAGAGCUCUAAAGUUCACCUCAGAUGGCAAGUUUUUGGCUAUGGCUGAGCCUGCGGAUUUCGUCCAUGUUUUUGAUACACAAUCUGAUUACCUCAAAUGCCAGGAGAUUGAUCUAUUUGGGGAGAUUGCUGGCAUUUCUUUCAGCCCCGAUACUGAAGCUCUUUUUGUUGGUGUUGCCGACCGUACUUAUGGUAGCUUGUUAGAGUUCAACAGGAGGCAUUACAAUUUGUACCUGGACUCAAUAUUCUAGUGAGCCAUCCACCGACGGAGGCUUAAGUACUGUGCAUAUUAAUGUUAUUUUUAGCAUGUUGGAGCUUGUUAGUCUUUGAAGUUGGCAACAGCAAUCCAAUGACGCUUACCCAGACACGAACUCAGUUCCCACACCUGGGUUUUUUGAGUUGCUUAAUUUCCAAUCAAAUGAGAGCCAGCCAACCCUUUUCUUUCUCUUUUUUUUUUUUGAAGAAUUCUUUAAAGGGGUAGAAAUAGAAGAACAAUUUUGGUGGUGUUGUAAAUCUUCCAGGGGAUGCUGUGUUUAUCCGGAGAACAUAUUAGCUUUAAUUAGUUAAAUUUUACUUUUAGAUA